UUUUUUAAAAUAAUAAUUAAAAAAAAAUGUUUCUCUUGAUUGGUGCUUUCAAUACAGAAUGACAAUUUUUAAAUGCAAAUUCAGUGUUCUUUUAUUGAUAACCCUCGUUCUCUUGGAUCUCUGUCAUUUGAUUUGAAUGGCUUUUUUCUGUUUGUAGCAUAUUGGUCAGUUGCGUGUGUACAGCUACAUUGCUUUGAGUGCCAAGAUGUUCAACGAUUUGUUUACAAUAAAAUGCCUGAUUCCAUAUUUAAACUUUAUGUAAUUAUCUUUGAGUGGCCUGCUGGGCAAAGCUUUUUCAAUACAGUUUGUGCAGCUUUGUUGUAUUUUGCACGGCGGUUAUGGUACAGCCUGAGCUUUUACAUGCUGUUAAUGUUUUACCAGUGUGUUCCUGGCUGUUGCGGUGUGCCUGCCCCUCAGGUGGCGUAUGCCUGGUUUUGCCUGAGACAGACAGUGACACUGACCCUAACAAAAUACAGGAAUCUGCUUCGUCUGCUGUAGAAAGCAGAUGUGCUCCUUCCAUUUACAAGCUUUGGAGCCAGUCUUAGUUUUAGUUCCAUUCCUUGCUACUGGUCUCAGUUUAGUGCUGUGCUUUCUGGAUGCCUUAUAUAUAACUGCAUAUCAUAAAUUACAGUUAUCGCUGUACUGAGAGCCUUCUUGAAACAGUGAUAAAAGCUGAAAUGGCACAGUAUUUCUUUUCUCAAACGCAUGCCGACAUUCUGCAGAUGUGAAAAGUCCCAUAAUACAGCAUAAUAAUUUGCUAAUUAAAAUGCAUCUCUUUGUUAAUGUGCUGGGGUUUCUUCUGAACUGCUGUUUAACUGACUCGCAGAUCUUGCAUAUUUAACUAGUCCUGUUCUUUUUGCAUGUGCAGUGUGUGAGUCAUUCACCUGGUAAUGUAUUCUGUUUAUACCUUGUGUAAAUUGUCAGUUGCAUAACAAUUUUUUGCAAGUUCCCCUUGCAUGUCACAAAUACUAGUUAUCAGCAAAUACAUGGAAGCUUUUUUUUCCCCAAAUGUGACAGUGCUAAAAUUACUGUUUUUGAACAGUUCCAUUCUUUAUUAAAAAUAUUUAUUCCUGUAUUUAUUUAAAAAUCUUGCCACCUGUCACUUGAGUAUAUGUAAAAGCUUAAGUCAAUUGUACUUAAGCAUUGGGGAGGGGCUGGGGGAGGGCUACCACUUUAAUUGAAAAGCUUUACAUAUUCUAGUUGGUGGAUCAAAGUGUGAUUGCGGCCAAUAAUAAGGCUCGCUCCCAGCCAUUGGCUUGCCUUCAGAUUCACACACGGAGGUUUACAGUUUCUAGUGCGACUAUUCAUUCAACUCGGGCAAUCAGCGAAACGAGCCCCGCGCCGACUGACCGAGGCAGCCGCCGCUGGCUGGGUCCCUGGGAACCGUAUCCCUGCAAAAGUAGGGCUGCCAGCAUCAAUGCAGCAGCACUAAAUCUAGGUCUGUCAGGAGAGCGAGCGAGCGAGAGAGAGAGAAGAGAGGGAGGCAGAGGGGAAAGAGAGCGGGCGAGCGGGCGAUUGAUCCAUUUUAGCAACUUGCAGUAAUGGAGAGCAAAGUAGGCCGUCAUGCACCGGAUCAAACUUGAAAGGAGAAGCCCAGAAUCGUCUGCGCAGAUCUAGCUGUGAGGAAGAGGAAGAAGGGAGGAAGUCAACGUGCCAGAAUCGGCUAAAUCACGGGAAGGAUCUGGCAGCUUUACCGUCGGCCUGUGCCCGCCAUCCCGUCGGACUUGUACUUCCUCUGAGUUUCUUCUCCUCUUGACCCGCCACUGCUAGGCAGGGAAACACACUCAUGGUCGAUGCCAAGGGGAGGAACAUGAAAUGUCUGACUUUCUUCUUGAUGCUUCCAGAGUCGGUGAAGAUCAGGUCAAGCAAAGGUGCCAAAAAGGGGAGCCCGAGUCACUCGGACCUGCCACCGGUCUGCUAUGAGAUCAUCACCUUGAAGACCAAGAAAAAGAAGAAGAUGGCUGCGGAGAUCUUUCCCGGCAAGAAGCUAGCGACGGCCGACGCGGUCCAGCAGUACCAGCAGCAGAACCUGAAUAAUAACAACACGGUCCAGAGCUGUAACUGGCAGGGACAGUUCCCCACCAUAAGAGAGAGGAACUCUGUGAUGUAUAACAAUGAGCUGAUGGCAGAUGUUCACUUUGUCGUGGGUCCACCUGGAGGAACGCAGCGGCUGCCAGGACACAGGUAUGUCCUGGCCGUUGGGAGCUCUGUGUUCCACGCCAUGUUUUACGGUGAGCUAGCAGAAGACCAGGACGAGAUCAGAAUCCCCGACGUGGAGCCGUCCUCCUUCUUGGCCAUGCUGAAGUAUAUUUAUUGUGACGAGAUAGACCUUUGCGCGGACACAGUGCUGGCGACUCUGUAUGCCGCCAAGAAGUACAUUGUCCCUCACCUGGCGCGAGCCUGCGUCAACUUCCUGGAGACCAGCCUGAGUGCCAAGAACGCAUGUGUGCUGCUGUCGCAGAGCUGCCUGUUUGAGGAGCCUGACCUGACCCAGCGGUGCUGGGAGGUGAUCGACGCGCAGGCUGAGCUGGCCCUCAAGUCCGAGGGCUUCUGUGACAUCGACUCUCAGACCCUGGAGUGCAUCCUUAGGAGGGAGACCCUCAACGCCAAGGAGAUCGUGGUAUUCGAGGCGGCGCUGAACUGGGCCGAGGCGGAGUGCCAGCGGCAGGAGCUGCCUCCGACUAUCGAAAACAAGCGCAAGGUCCUGGGAGAUGCCAUCUACCUGAUUCGCAUCCCUGCCAUGACGCUUGAUGACUUUGCCAACGGUGCCGCCCAGUCUGGCGUGCUCACCCUGAAUGAGACCAAUGACAUCUUCCUCUGGUACACAGCCGCCAAGAAACCUGAUCUGCAGUUCGUCAGCCAGCCCAGGAAGGGCCUGGUGCCUCAGCGUUGUCACCGCUUCCAGUCCUGCGCCUAUCGCAGCAACCAGUGGCGUUACCGCGGACGGUGCGACAGCAUCCAGUUUGCCGUUGACAAACGGGUCUUCAUCGCCGGCUUUGGCCUCUACGGCUCCAGUUGCGGCUCUGCAGAAUACAGCGCUAAGAUUGAGCUGAAGCGCCAGGGGGUUCUGCUGGGCCAGAACUUGAGCAAGUACUUUUCAGAUGGGUCCAGCAGCACGUUCCCGGUUUGGUUCGAGUAUCCGGUCCAAAUCGAGCCAGACACCUUCUACACCGCUAGCGUUGUGUUGGAUGGGAAUGAGCUUAGCUACUUUGGACAGGAGGGGAUGACAGAGGUUCAGUGCGGGAAAGUAACUUUUCAGUUUCAGUGUUCCUCGGAUAGUACCAAUGGAACAGGUGUACAGGGGGGUCAGAUACCCGAACUUAUCUUCUAUGCCUAAUCCAUCAUCCACAUGAAAUUGAAGAGGUUAGGUCUAUUUUUUUAUUUUCAUUUAUUCUUCUGACACUUGGGGAAAUAGUGAAUUUCCUAUUGUCCUCUGCUGGAAAUGUGACAGACCAGUAUCAAUGAAAUUAAGGGUUCUUUAAGACCUUGCUCAUUUAUCCAACAGGUGACAAGCUACUUCUGUUCCAUCGGUCAAUUAGAGAUGGUCUUCAAACUACUGUACCUUAAGACGUGCAUUUUUUUUAUGUGCAUGACCACUGGCCACAUUCAUACAGUCUGCAUUCCUCUAUUGUUAUAGAAUCACUUAAGGAAGAUAACAACACUUAAGAAAGGUAGUUAAAUAAAAUUCAUAGAUGUGCCAUUAAAUGAUAUUAAGAUUUGAAGCACUCAAAACUGUGAUCACCUCAUUUAAAUAAGGAGAAAUUGCCACUACCUUUGGUGUCAUUUUAAUUGUGUAUGUAUUGUGUGCUUUAACAAGUAGAAUAGUUUCUUGGAUGUGUUCGGCACAAUUUUAAUCUUGAGUUCAAUAACAGUGUACAGAUGUUAAUUAAAAAGUGAAAGCAAUCAUGACCCAUAGCAGUAAAGUAUUUAACCUAUAAUGAAGUAGCUAUUUGUUCCAUCAAAAACAUGAUAUGACUUCCCUAUACUCAUGUUUGUCCUGAUUGUAGUGUAGGAUUUAAAGAAUCGUCAUGGAAACCUUAAAGGGGCUGGUUGAACAGGCUUCAGGCCAGUAUUUGCCGCGAUUUAAGUACUACGUAGGGUGAGGUCUUUCCUGAUAGCUACAAGCUGUUUUGUGGAGCAGUAUUUAAACUGGAUUAUACAGUGGUGCGUAGCAAGGUCCUAAUUAAGAUGCACCGUGCACCGUUCAGCUCAGUUAUUCGCUUCACGUUCCCUGUGCUAGUUUUCUCUGGGAAAGCCCUUGUAUGUCAGCAACAGAGGCCCUUUUUACGAUAAAAUGUUAACAAAAAGCACUACACAGAGAGAUAGGAACAGGCUCAGUGUUCAAUACAAAAUGGAUAACUGAAGAACGAUUUCAUUAAACAGCAUUUUCUGACAAAAUAAUCCAUAAUUCCAAAAUAAUCUUCCCGAAAGUAAGUAUUUCUAACAUCAACUAUAUUUACACCUUUGUUUUUACUUAUAAGAUUAUAUUGGGAUAAAACUGGAAUGGUAGCAAAUGAAAUGAACCUUUGCUGUUUUUUUAAAAUGGAUUUUUACAGUUUACAUUGUUUACUACUGUUUACUACCACAAAUAUGUUUGUCUAUAGUGUGUACUAGUUACAUUAACUGAAUUUUGUGUACAUUAUAAUGUUCCAUUUUUUUACCAUGUGACAUGCAUUUGAAUCGUAUAAUUUUUGACUUGUAUCAAUGUUAUUGCACUGAUUUAUAUUAUUUUUUUAACAACAAAAAAAAAAACACUUUCAUUGGUCGCUUCCUCAUUAUCAUAUGAUGGAUUUGGUGGGAAAAAAAAUAACAUGACAUGACAGAAUGGUGAAUCUUGAGUUCCUGUUUGACAACAAUGAGGGAAAUGGAUAUGUUUAAUGACUGAAAAUAAACUUUAACUGGUCCUAUACA